CCCACGAGCGCUUUCCCCGGCUUUCCUGUUUUCGUCAGUUCCGUUAUCUCUUCAUUUCUGCCAGGCCAGCGCGCUUCACGUUCACUUAGUUUUUUUGUAAAUACUUGUACUGGAAAUUUAUUAUAAAUUAAACGCAUAAUUUUACAUUCGAGGUUCAAAUGUGACUGCAACGACGACCACACGAUGACAGAACACAAUGCCGGAAGAAAUGGUCCCCCUCUUCCUCUCCCCUCUCUGCGCCUUAUGGUUCCACCACUGCGGCUGGUCUCAGCAGCCAUCUGGAAAACGCUCCAGCGGAGACAAGUCAUGGAUUAUGGGAUGCUGGAGGAGUUUGUUACUAUGGUCACUGAGAUAGUUCCAGAGCUUCUGAAUCACAGUCAGAGGGCCCAACUUACUCUGGGUCUUCGAGCAAGGCUGGUCCUGGAGUUAUGUCGCUCCAACCCGAUGGCGGACCUCCAGACCAUUCAGCCACACCUUGACCGCAUUCAGACCCUCACACCUCUUUGGGGGAGACAGGCGACUGGUGCAGAAGUAGGGUUGCCUGAAUCCAGCUUCCUGGGGCUGGUCCAGACAAUUCUGCAAGACCCAGCUGAGAGGAAUCAGUUUUUCCAGGAUAUUUUCCCUGUAGAAUUUGGCUCCAACUAUGACAUGGCCAUCCAGAAACUCAUGGGGCAAUUCCUUUUGAGGCUUGAGAAGCUACUUCCUGUGUCAAAUUUCCAAGAGGCAGCCUUGUUGCUCAGCGAUGCCCCCUCUGUUCUGGAGGGAUGUGUUGAGUCGGUGUCUGACCCUGAGCACCUGAAAACCCUGCUGCAGUACCAGAGAGAAAUCGGCCAGCUGGACAGCUAUGAUACUCUGUCUCCCUCCGACGGGAUUCUCUCAGCUCUUUGUGUGCAUCCUGUGGAAAGGCUGGUAACCACAACAGAGCAGGCAGAAUCACAACUGUCCUUGAAUGUCUACAUGGAGACUUUCACUAAAGAGUUGGAGGUGGAGGCCACAGAGACGGCGGAGUCUACAACAAAGACAGCACACAGAAAAACUGUCAAUGAAAUGUCAACCGAGGAGAGGAUGGAAUGUGAGAAGAAUGAAAAACCAGUGUCAGUGAGUCACACGGAUGUGGUUAAUGCUGAUCCAGAGCCAAAAGAUCUGGAACCAGAGUGUGAAACAGUUAUAAAACCAGAGCCAAAAGAUCUGGAUCCAGAGUGGGAAACCGUUAUAAACCCAGGGCCAAAAGAUUUGGAACCAGAGUGUGAAACAGCUAUAAACCCAGAGUCAGGAGAUCUGGAACCAGAGUGUGAAACAGCUUUAAACCCAAAGUCAGGAGAUCUGGAACCAGAGUGUGAAACCGCUAUAAACCCAGAGUCAGGAGAUCUGGAACCAGAGUGUGAAACCGCUAUAAACCCAGAGUCAGGAGAUCUGGAAACAGAGUGUGAAACUGCUAUAAACCCAGAGUCAGGAGAUCUGGAACCAGAGUGUGAAACAGCUAUAAACCCAGAGUCGGGAGAUCUGGAACCAGAGUGUGAAACGGUGAUUGACUUUCAGCAAGAGGUUCUUGAACCAGAAUGUUCAAUGAUUCCCCCAAUGACAGUCAAUUUGGAACCAGAGUGUGAAACAGUUAUGGUCAUUGGGGAAGAUGGGAAGAUGGAGCCUUUACCCAGAAAACGUCUCCAGUGGCAUGAAAAAGAUGGACAAGAUGUUAGUAACGUGCCUUAUGUGAAAAGAAUCAGAAGAAAAAGUCCAGACCAAAUGAAAAGUAUAGACCUGUCUGAUGUGAUCAUAUCCUCCAUGCUUCACAAGCCCUCAGUAGCGCUACAGAGGCUUGAUGCUUCUACACUGCCAUUGCCUGUUAGACCAGUCAGAAGAAACCGGGGACAGAAGAUGAAGACAUUUCUUGCACGAGAGCGGAAACAAACUAAUAUUGAAUUUUCAGAAGAGAGAAGAAGUGGUUGCAAGAGGGUUAAAACCUCCAACCAUAACAUGUGUACAGUGUGUGGACGCGUCUUAUCUCGCUUCUCGGACAUGACAAAGCACAUGCAAACCCAUAAGAACGGCCACAGCCAUCAAUGUUGUAAUUGUCAAAAGACUUUCAAGCACCUGUACACUUUGCAAACUCAUAGAAAGACUUGUCUGUUUGGACCUUUACGAGCGGAAGAGGCUACCUUGUCUGUGGCUUGUGGAACCCCCUCUCCUACAUGUGAAGAAGAAAUUGCACAGUCCUCCAUAGACCGCAGAACGUGCAAGGUCUGUGGUAAGAUUGUCCAUCGCAUUGGCUACUUGAGUACCCACAUGAAGAUUCACUCUGAGAACCGACACCAUUUGCCUGGAGGAGGUCAGGUUGUCCAGAACCCUGGAGGAGAAGGCACAGAGCUGUCCAGUUGUGCUCCUCUUGAGGACAGUGACUCGUCCUCCACCAGUACAACCCAGGAUCCAUCUUACCACCCAGAACCCAGCCAGACCAAAACACCUAAAUGUUCCAGCACCACAAAAAGGCCUUACCGAAAAUCUUUCCUUAGACAAAAACACAUGUGCCGUAUUUGUGGUAAAUAUGUGUCAGCUGGAGUAUUUGAGUAUCAUAUGAGAAUCCACUCAGAUGAGCGCCCAUUCGCCUGCCCUCAUCCGCAGUGUGGGAUGAAGUUCAUACACAGCGGAGGUCUGAGGGCCCAUCUCAGAAGCUUUUGCAAGGUUCGGACAGUUGAUGCGGUUGAGCUGGACAGCUUCAACAUUCGGUUUGAGUGUGACAAGUGCGAUAAGACCUUCACGAUCCAGUCAAAGCUGAGGAAACACAAACUGACUCACGGCCCGCUCUACUGCAGUGGCUGCAAGAAGGUGUUGCCCAACCUGGAAACGCUGAACAGACACAAACUGUGGCACAGGCAGGUCAAGUGCACCAUGUGUGAAGAGACAUUCAUGUUCACAAACCUCAAAACCCACUAUCUGGAUGUCCAUCAAUUCAGCGGCCCAUAUGUCUGCACCCACUGUCCCAAAACCUACAAGAAGUUCUAUUCCCUCAUCAAACACGAGAUGGUUCACACUGGAACCUCCCCCCUGCAAUGCUCCCAUUGCCCCAAGCGGUUCAUCUACAAUUAUGACCUGGUGGAACAUGAGAAACGCCAUUCUGGCGACAGGCCUUGUCUUUGCUGGGAGUGUGGCAAAGCUUUCUUCACCAACCUUGACCUGCAAAACCACAUGAAGAGCAGCCAUGGUGAGAAGCCCACGGAGUACCGCUACCCCUGCCGCCAUUGUGGAAAACCGUUUAGACUCAGUAAUUCCCGUGCCAACCACGAGAAGACCAAGCACGGCGGGGUACGUCAUGCGUGUACAUACUGCGGUAAAGAGUAUGUAUGUGCAGAUGGGUUGAAAAGGCACAAUCUGAUUCACACAGGAGAGAGGCCUUUUAAAUGCAAUUAUGACAGUUGUGAGAAGGGCUUCCGGUCUAAAGCUGAACUGACAAUACAUAUGAGGUACCACACGGGAGAGCGGCCGUUUAAGUGCAACGUCUGUGGAAAGGGCUUUGUCCAGGCAAACUUCCUCACUACACACUACAGAACACAUACCGGGGAGAAACCGUAUUCAUGUUUACUUUGUGACAAAAGCUUCAACAAUCACAACGGCCUCAAGAGACACAUGUUUACACACUCCGAUGAGAAGCCUCAUAAAUGUCUGGACUGUGGCAAAGCUUUCCAACGCAAAACGUUGCUGAAUGUUCAUCAGCGAUCAUGUACUCCCAAGGAUGGCAAGUAAGCUAGCCUGCUAGCUUGAGACUAGCGCUAUUCAAACCUGGUCUGGUUUCCCAAAACACCUGUGUCUUUUCUGCACCUGCUGAAGAUUUUUCCCAAAAUGCAGAAAGAACCUAUGCGAAGUAGUCUACAUAGUUUGACCAUGUGUUGGCACUAACAGUACCUAACAAAAGUCUGUGCUGCUCUCGGAUCAGCUUUCUCCAUUCAAAUCUCACUGUAAAAUGAUAACGUUCCACCAUAGUGAUGACGUGUCAGCCACUAGAAAUGUAUGGUCACCUAGAUGCAAAUAUUAAGGCUGCACAUUCUAAUGCUUCCUGUUAUUAAAAUAAUCAUGAAAUAUAUUUGUCUGUUGAUUAUACUGAAGUCUACAUGCCAUUUUAUUUCAGUCACCUUGGUUUUCAUUUCAAUUUUUUUUAUAAUUGCUUGGAAAAAUUUAGGAACUUUCAGUCAGUUGUGAAGUUAUGAAAGUCUACAAAGACACUGAUAAACAUAUCUUGAUGUAAUAUUCUGCUUAGAUCUUCUGUUUAUGAAGUUAUUUGAAUGGACAGAACCUAACAUUCUACUUAGCUGUUCUAUGAGUUGUCUGGAGCAGCUGUUGAAUGAAAAACUUUAGUCAUGAUGAUUUUGGAAAACAGCUUGAUUAUUUUAAGAAGCUCCUACCAAGGUUCUAACCAUGAACUUUGAACAAAGAAAAAUUAAGAUGCUUUUGGUAAAACAGCCCAGUUUAGUGGAGAAUGUACUCAACUUCCUGGCUAGUGUUUUUUUCUUUCUUUUACAACAUUGCAUAGCUCUGAAUUUACAGUAAAAUGGUGGUGUCCCCAGAGUAUUUCCCUUCCAGACCUGUUAACUGAUUGAAAUCCUCCAAAUGUGCUUAAUGUAAAAGAUGUACAGCUUAUAAUCCUUUUUUACCCUUUCAGCAGUUAUACUUUGUCUUAAGUUAUACUUGGAAUUAAAUAAAAGUAGAAAAAAUGG